GCGCCCCGCCGCGUGCCUUCUGGGCACGGGUCUCAAGGGCCGCUGGGGCGCGUCGGCUCGCCCUGCCCGGUGCCACGUGGCUACGCGUGUCAAAAGCGCAGGGGGACGCUCGUGGAAAGACGCGUCGCUUCUUGCCGCUCCCCGCGGCUCCCGCUCCUCGGAGAGCUUGGCCAACAGCUCGGACGCACGCUUCUUCAGCUGCUCCGCCUCCACCUCCGCGGCCGGAAGCCGCUCGACGUCCCAGAGAGAUGACGCCAGGGAGACGACGUCGGGCUCCAGUUUCGCCUCCCAUAUCUCGCUCGGCAGCGCCACAACAAGCGGCGGCCAGUGUGAACCCUUCUCGCACGCGCUGGCCCCAGCGUCAUAGCUGAGGACAUUGCCCUCCAACCUCGCCUCCCACGUCUCGCUGGCAGCACCAGAACCCGCUGCCACUGCCCGCCUUCUCGCACGCGCUGGUCCCAGCGCUGUCAUUUGUUACGUUGGCCUCCAAGCAGAGCCAUCGCCCACUACCAAUUACAUUGUUAGCACGCGUCGACUCCAGCAUUGUGGCUGAUGACGUUGGACCUCGAUUCGCUUCACACAUCUCACUGAACAACCUCUGAGCCCGCUGGCCUAUGUAUUCGAAUUGUCUGCACGCGCCAAUGCCAGCUCUGUGGCUGAAGACGUUCGGCUUCAUUUUUCGCCUCCCACAUCUCCAUGAGCACAGCGUUGUAGUUGACGAGCUCCAGGUUCGUCUUCUACGUCUCCCUGAGCCCUGCCACUGGUCGCCCUUCCUGCCCGCACGAUCCCAGAGCUGUAGCUAAUGAUGUCGGGCUUCAGUAUUGCCUCUCACGUCGCGCAGAGCAGCGAUAAAGCCUGCUGCGAAAAUUUCCCUUCUCGCACGUGCUGAUCCCGUCACGGAAGUAAAGGUGACAUGACGCUGGGCUCCAACAUGCGCAUCUCGCCGAGCAGCGCCAAACUACGCUGCCACUGAUCACCCUUGUCGAGCCAACUGACCCUAGCGCUGUAACUGAUAAUGUCGGCUUCCGGCUUCGAGUCACGCGUCUCACUGAGCAGCAACAGAGCAUGCUACCAUUGACCAUUGAAAGCCCGUCCCGCAAGCUCUGAUCCCAGCGCUGAAAUUGGUGAUGUCAUUGGGCUCCAGCGCCGUCUCCCACAUCUCGCUGGACAGCGCCAGCGCACGCGCUGAUCCCAGAGCUGUAGCUGGGUGAUGGUGGCGUCGGGCUUCAGCUUCGCCUCCUACACAUCGCUCAGCAGCGUCAAAGCCCGCUGCGAUUGCCCGCCCAUCUCACAACCGCUGGACCCAGCCAUACAACUGAAGCGCAGACCUUGUUCGAACAAUCGGUCAAGCAUCUCCGUAAUAACGACAGCACGUGGCCCCAGUGCCCCCUUUGCUCGCACAUGCUAGCUGCAAUGCCGUAGACAUAAAAAACACCAUCCACCUUUCUCAAUCGCAAGGUCCUGAGUAUGUUCAACGCUUGUUGCCACUGUCCGCCUUUCUCGCACGCGUUGACCCCAGCGCUGUAGCUGAUGACGUCGGGCUCCAGAUUCGCCUCCCGCAUCUCGCCCAGCAGCGCCAGCGCCCGCUGCCACUGCUCGACUUUCUCGCACGCGCUGAUCGCAGCGCUGUAGCUUAUGGAUGACAUUGGGCUUCAACCUCGCGUUCCACAUCUCGCCCAGCAGCGCCACAGCUCGCUGCCACUGCAAGCCCUUCUCGCACGCGCUGAUCCCAGCACUGUAGCUAGAUGACGCGGGGCUCCAGCUUCACCUCCCACAUCUCGCUCAGCAGCGCCAGCGCCGGCUGCCACUGCUCGCCCUUCUCGCAAGCGCUGAUCCCAGCGCUGAAGCAAACUAAUGACGUCGGGCUCCAGCGUCACCUCACACAUCUCGCUCAGCAGCGCCAGGGCGGGCUGCCAUUGCUCGCCCUUCUCGCACGCGCUGAUCCCAGCGCUGUAGCUAUGACGUCGGACUCCAGCUUCGCCUCCCGCAUCUCGCUCAGCAGCGCCAGCGCCCACUGCCACUGCUCGCCCUUCUCGCACGCGCUGAUCCCAGCGUUGUAGUGAAAUAACGUUGGGCUCUAGCUUCACCUCGCACAUCUCGGUCAGCACCGCCAGCGCCCACUGCCACUGCUCGCCCUUCCCGCACGCGCUGAUCCCAGAGCUGUAGCUCACUGAUGGCGUUGGGCUCCAGCUUCACCUCCCGCAUCUCGCUCAGCAGCGCCAGCGCCCACUGCCACUGCUCGCCCUUCUCGCAGGCGCUGAUCCCAGCGUUGUAGCUAGAUGACGUUGGGCUCCAGCUUCACCUCCCAAGUCUCACUCAGCAGCGCCAGCGCUGGCUGCCACUGCGCGCCCAUCCCGCACGCGCUGAUCCCGGAGCUGUAGCUGAAUGACGUUGGGCUCCAGCUUCACCUCACACAUCUCGCUCAGGAGCGCCAGCGCUGGCUGCCACUGCUCGCCCUUCUCGCACGCGCUGAUCCCAGCAUUGUAGCUAUUGCGUCGGGCUCCAACGUCACCUCCCACAUCUGGCUCAGCAGCGCCAGCGCCGACUGCCACUGCUCGCAUUUCUCGCACGCGCUGAUCCCAGCGCUGUAGCUAUGACGUUGGGCAACAGCUUCACCUCCCGCAUCUCGCUCAGCAGCGCCAGCGCCGGCUGCCACUGCUCGCCCUUCUCGCACGCGCUGAUCCCAGCGCUGUAGCUGUGACGUCAGGCCUGAGCUUCGAUUGCCGCAUCUCGCUGACCAGAAACAGGGCCCACCGCCACUGGCACGCGCUGAUCCCAGCAUUGUAGCUGACGACGCUGGGCUCCAGCUUCGCCUCGAACAUCUCGCUCAGAAGUGACAGGGCCUGCUGCCACUGUUUGCAUGUCUGACACGCGCUGAUCCCGGCAUUGUAACUGACGACGGUGGGCUCCAACUUCGCCUCGCAGAUCUCGCUGAGAUGCGAAAGGGCUUGCUGCCACUGUUUUCCUUUCCCGCACGCACUGAUCACAGCAUUGUAGAUGAUGACGUUGGCUUCCACUUUGGUUUGAGACAGUUCGCCGAAAAGCGACAGUGCUCGUUGCCACUGUCUGCCUUUUCCGUAUGCACUGAUGGCCGCGACGUAAUCGUGUGGGCUUCUCGCACAUGAUUGAGAUGCUUCGCGGGUCACCUGCAACACUGUGUUAAUUACCGUGUGUUGUCGUUCCAUGCUUCUUUAUAAGGCUGCACCACAGGAAUCAACACACGGUCGAGGUCAUCUCUGGAAGUCCUGCAUUAUACGAGGUACUGGAACAACAAACGGAACAACAAUCAUGGCUGAACCACAACU